UACAUAUGCAAUAUCACAACAGUUGCUAAUCAUUUAUCUGUUUUAGUUAAUUUUUUACACCUAGAAAAUUUUAGCUAUUAUUGCAAGAUCAUUUUUUGAGUGGAGGUCCAGUACAGAGAACCAUUAUGGAAUCCAUAUUUAUCUUUUAUUUGAAAUAAUGGAUUUACCCAAAAAGAUUUUUUUGUAAUGUUUUUUCUGUUUUUCUUGCAAAUAAAGAACUGCCGACAAUACUAAUAAUCUUCUUCUCGUUUCCUUCAUAUUAGUUUCAUUAAUAAUUUUUGUACACUCCAUCAUCCAAUUAUAUUUUUUUCUUUGUGACAUUUUAUUUUAUAUAAACUGUAUAUACUGUUGUGUAUGUAAUGGAUUUGUCGUCCUACUAAAUCGCUGGAAGUUAUUUUUAUAUUCAAUAACUAGUCACGUGACUUUUUCAUCGCUGAAAAUGAGCGAUGAGCGACGCAUGAAAAGGUACCUUUAUUACUGCAUUCGUAUAGUUCGUUGCCCGAUAUUCAGUGAAAAGAGGUUAUGUUAUACAGCAGUCGGCAACUUUUACUGACUUUUACGAACCAUCACUUACGAACACUUACAAAUGCUAAAGCGAACGCGGACAGUAACUUUUAAUACAGCGUUGUAAUAAUUUCGUUAUUAUGGCGUUGACAAUCACGGGGAGUUUCGAUGCGUCGCAUAUCAUGCUCCAACAGUGUACCAAGGUGGUUUAUUAACCAUCAAGAAGGACGUACCGAAUAGAUGCAAAGUUUCCGAGAGCUGUUAGACAUCCGAAGAUGUUUACGUUUUUACUUGAAAUUUGAUCGUUGAUCGUCGGAUGUUGAAGAUGUGCAUUGAAAAUGGAACUGCUCCGGACUUUAAGAUAAUUAAUAAUAUCGGAGGAAUGUAAAAUCGUAAUAUGAGAUACUUGUGACACUCGCCCGCAGUAAGUUAACGAUGACCUGGACGUAGUAAUCGCAAAGAGUCCAAAGUCACUCGAUAUUCUAUUCAACGUGUAGUUUGAAUGUUUAUAACAAAACCGUCUAUUAUACGCUCCAAUUAGAAUAUUAUAAAAUAUACGUUUACGAAGAGAUGUUUGGUGUCGAUAGGUCUUGUAUGACGAUGCGACUGAACUUCAAAACAGUUUUACUUGUAUUGGUUGUCGGAACCUUGAGUUUUCUACUUACAACAUGGAACAAUUGCGGAGGUAAUUUGUUGUUUCAUGCUGCAGAUUGGAAAACAAAGUAUCAACAUAAGGAUCGUUUAAGUACUGAAUCAGGAUAUCAAGAAAUAGAUUGUCACAUAAACGGCGAUUAUUCAAUAGGAUGUCGUAAAGAAGGCGAUGAAGUGUACAUACCAUUUUCAUUUAUUCAUAAAUAUUUUGAGAUUUAUGGAAAAUUAGCUACUUACGAUGGUUUGGAGAGAUUUGAAUGGUUGCAUAGCUAUUCGAAAAUUGUGAAUCCUAAGGGAAAGUAUGACUCUAGGGGUGUAUUUAUGACUUUUGAAAAUUACAACGUUGAAGUCAGGGAUAGAGUUAAGUGCAUUAGCGGUAUUGAUGGUGUCCCGAUAUCGACGCAAUGGGAGAGUCAGGGAUACUAUUAUCCCACGCAAAUUGCUCAAUUUGGAUUAUCACAUUACAGUAAAAAUCUUACGGAACCAGAACCGCACAGAAAAAUCGUCGAGGAUUCCGAUAAAGUCAAGCAGAAUUGGAAUGUCCCUCAGGGAUCGGUUAUCAGCAGAAUGUACGACAAACAAGUUAAUAGUUACGUUUUGAAAUUUGCAACACCCGAAACCAGCAUUUCCGGAAUCUCUUUAAAGUUGGAUCACGUAUUAGAUUUUGUCAUGAAAUGGGAUUUUAAUAUUAAGGACAAUGGAAGUAUUACGGUUAUACUACAAUACUCAAGAGAGAAAAAGGAGACAUUUUAUCUUCAUUAUGUUACCAGCAAUACAGUGUUACAUAAUUAUAAUAAUCAUGUAUAUUAUGGUAUUGGACAAACUAAUCAUCAGUGGAGACGUCUCACUAGAGACCUUGUAGUUGAUUUACAGAAAGGUCUUUACUUAAAUGAUAAGAGCAAGAAAAAAUUACCCCGAUCUAAAUUAAAGAUAGUCAAAAUAACUUUGUAUGGUUCCGGUAUGAUUGACAAUAUUACAUUGUCGACUAGUGAACAUAUGGAGCAAUUUUAUGAUGCAGCAAGAUGGUUUGUUGCUAAUCAAAAUGUCACAUCUGGUGGCUGGCCAAACCCUGUCAGGAGAAAAGUAGCACCUGGAAUGGCUAUUCUUGAGCCUGGAUGGUACUCCAGCAUGGGUCAAGGCCAUGCAAUAUCGGUACUAGCGCGCGCGUAUUAUCAUUCUGGGGAGGCAAAAUACUUACAAGCGGCUAUUAGAGGCUUGCGACCUUUUAGACUAUCCUCCGUCAAAGGAGGCGUGGCAGCGCUGUUUUUAAGCAAAUACAUAUGGUACGAGGAGUAUCCCACAACGCCCUCAUCUUUUAUUCUCAACGGUUUUAUUUAUUCGCUUAUCGGACUUUAUGACUUGAAGAGCGUAGCGACAAGUAAGGACGCGGAGGAAGCGUCCAGACUUUUUAAUCAGGGUAUGAUUUCGUUGAAGAACAUGCUAACAUUGUACGACACCGGCUCAGGUACAACAUAUGAUUUGCGUCAUUUUACAUUAAAGACAGCUCCUAACUUAGCUAGAUGGGAUUAUCAUUCUACUCAUAUUAAUCAACUUCUUCUUCUUAAUUCUAUUGACAACGAUCCUAUUUUUAUGACGACUGCAGAAAGAUGGAUAGGUUAUAUGAAUGGCAAAAGAGCGGCACAUAAUUAAUUGCACAUUUAGAUAACAAUUCUAUCUUUUUUUAUAUUAUUUAUUUAUUUCCAUUUCUUCCCUUUCGUUUUGUAAAUUUUUUUAUUAUUUUUAUGGAAACAUAGAUAUAUAUCUGAACGCUUCUCCAGCAAAGUAUAAAUAUUUUAUGUAAUUUUUAUUUUGUCUGAUAGUGUAGUCGGGCGAUUUUAGAAGAAUUGAAAUUAUACAAUAGAAGAAGCAAAUGUGAGAUUAAUAUUGAAAUAAUUUAAUAAAUUAAUACGUCGUGGUGAGGCUCCUGUUUUCUCUCUGCAACACUAUACGUAUUGAAUUAUAUAUAUUUACUUAUAUAACAUCAGAAAUAAAGAAUCGUAAAGUUUUGGUUGCAGUGAAGGAACAGCAGCUUUAAUAUCGUUGUAGUUAAGUAGGAUAAAAUAUACGUAAUGAUAGAAUCUGUCUUUAACGUAUUUAUUAACAAGAAAUCUGCAUGAGAAAUCUGAACAAUCGAGGCCAGACAAUGUCUCUAUUUGAAAAUUAAUAAACUUUACACAUAACGGUGCUACCAAUAAUUAUGAGAAUUAAUAUAUAAUGUGAUUGUAUCUGAUUCUCUCUUAGCAAUCACGGUUAUAUUUUAUAUAUAUGUG